UUUCUCUGUUCCUCCACAUUCCUCUCUACCUCCUCAUUCAUUUGUGGAGUGGAGUCCCACUCCUACCACUCCUCUCCCUGUGACUCUCCACAACCAUCUCAUCUCCUUCACCUUCACCUUCAGUUACCCCCAUCCAAUUCCAUCCAGAUUGCAAUUGCACAGGGAGCCGAACAGGUGGGAUACAGGUAGAGAGAGGUGAGAAGGCAGUGGUGGGAGAUCCAUCUGCGAGGUGCCUCCAUGGCUGAGAAGGAGGGCAACCUCGACGCCGUCCUCAAGGAGGCCGUCGACUUGGAGAAUAUUCCCCUCGAGGAAGUGUUUGAGAACCUGAGAUGCAGCCGCGAGGGUCUCACAACUCAGCAGGCGCAGCAGCGCCUCGAAAUCUUUGGCCCCAACAAGCUUGAGGAGAAGGAGGAGAGCAAGUUCCUCAAGUUUUUGGGGUUCAUGUGGAAUCCACUCUCAUGGGUCAUGGAAGCUGCAGCUAUCAUGGCCAUUGCGCUGGCGAAUGGAGGGGGGAAGCCACCGGAUUGGCAGGACUUUGUUGGUAUCAUAACUCUUCUUGUUAUCAACUCGACAAUCAGUUUCAUUGAGGAAAACAAUGCUGGCAAUGCUGCUGCUGCACUCAUGGCCCGUCUUGCACCAAAGGCCAAGGUGCUUCGUGAUGGCCGAUGGACUGAGGAAGAGGCGGCCAUCCUUGUACCAGGGGAUAUCGUAAGUAUUAAACUUGGAGACAUUAUACCUGCAGAUGCGCGUCUCCUUGAGGGAGAUCCUUUGAAGAUCGAUCAGUCUGCCCUGACUGGAGAAUCAUUGCCUGUCACCAAAGGUCCUGGUGAUGGUGUCUAUUCUGGUUCGACUGUCAAGCAAGGUGAGAUCGAAGCCAUAGUGAUUGCUACUGGUGUUCACACUUUCUUCGGAAAAGCAGCACACCUUGUUGACUCAACUAACCAAGUUGGUCAUUUCCAGAAGGUCCUGACGGCUAUUGGGAAUUUCUGCAUUUGCUCAAUUGCUGUGGGAAUGUUUGUUGAGAUCAUUGUAAUGUACCCUAUCCAGCACAGGGCAUACCGCCCCGGGAUUGACAACCUCCUUGUCCUUCUCAUUGGAGGCAUUCCCAUAGCCAUGCCAACAGUCUUAUCUGUGACUAUGGCAAUUGGGUCACACCGCUUGUCUCAACAGGGAGCGAUCACAAAGAGAAUGACUGCAAUUGAGGAGAUGGCGGGCAUGGAUGUUCUUUGCAGUGAUAAAACUGGAACUUUGACCUUGAAUAAGCUCACCGUGGACAAGAACCUCAUUGAUGUCUUUGAAAGAGGAAUCACUCAGGACCAAGUGAUUCUCAUGGCUGCUAGAGCAUCACGAACAGAAAACCAGGAUGCUAUUGAUACUGCAAUAGUUGGGAUGCUAGCUGAUCCAAAAGAGGCCCGUGCUGGUAUUCAAGAAGUUCAUUUCCUGCCAUUCAAUCCUACUGACAAAAGAACAGCAUUGACAUACAUUGAUGGUGAUGGCAAAAUGUAUCGUGUUAGUAAGGGUGCACCUGAGCAGAUUCUCCACCUUGCUCAUAACAAACCGGAGAUAGAGCGGAGGGUCCAUGCUGUGAUUGACAAAUUUGCAGAACGUGGACUUAGAUCGCUUGCUGUAGCAUACCAGGAAGUACCAGAGGGGACGAAAGAAAGCCCUGGUGGCCCAUGGCAUUUUGUUGGUCUCAUGCCACUUUUUGAUCCUCCAAGGCACGACAGUGCUGAAACAAUUCGGCGGGCACUUAAUCUUGGUGUCAAUGUCAAGAUGAUCACAGGUGAUCAGCUGGCAAUUGGAAAAGAAACAGGGCGUCGCCUGGGAAUGGGUACAAACAUGUACCCUUCAUCCGCUUUGCUGGGACAGAACAAGGAUGAGUCCAUUGCCGCUUUACCAGUUGAUGAUCUCAUUGAGAAAGCUGAUGGCUUUGCUGGUGUAUUCCCAGAGCACAAGUAUGAGAUUGUGAAACGUCUGCAAGCAAGAAAGCACAUAUGUGGAAUGACUGGUGAUGGUGUCAAUGAUGCUCCAGCCCUAAAGAAAGCUGACAUUGGUAUUGCUGUUGCUGAUGCAACUGAUGCAGCCAGGAGUGCUUCAGAUAUUGUGCUCACAGAACCUGGUCUUAGUGUGAUCAUCAGUGCUGUGCUUACAAGUCGUGCAAUUUUCCAGCGUAUGAAGAACUACACUAUCUAUGCUGUCUCAAUCACCAUUCGUAUAGUGCUUGGAUUUAUGCUACUUGCGCUCAUCUGGAAAUUCGAUUUCCCCCCUUUUAUGGUCCUAAUCAUAGCAAUUCUAAAUGAUGGUACCAUCAUGACUAUAUCAAAGGAUCGGGUAAAACCAUCUCCACUACCUGACAGCUGGAAGCUGGCUGAGAUUUUUACAACUGGAGUUGUCCUCGGUGGAUACUUGGCAAUGAUGACAGUAAUCUUCUUCUGGGCUGCAUAUAAGACAGACUUUUUCCCGAGAAUAUUUCAUGUUGAAAGCCUUGAGAAGACAGCUCAAGAUGAUUUCCAAAAACUUGCCUCUGCUGUUUACCUCCAAGUUAGCACCAUCAGCCAAGCUCUCAUCUUUGUCACAAGGUCCCGCAGCUGGUCAUUUGUUGAGCGCCCUGGAUUUCUGCUGGUCUUUGCUUUCUUGGUUGCACAGCUGAUUGCUACACUGAUUGCUGUGUAUGCUGACUGGGCGUUCACCUCAAUCAAAGGCAUUGGGUGGGGUUGGGCUGGUAUUGUGUGGCUCUACAAUCUAAUCUUCUACUUCCCACUCGACAUUAUCAAGUUCCUCAUCAGAUAUGCUUUGAGUGGGAAAGCAUGGGAUCUUGUCAUUGAGCAAAGGAUCGCUUUCACAAGGAAGAAGGACUUUGGUAAGGAGGAGAGGGAGCUCAAGUGGGCACAUGCUCAGAGGACCCUCCAUGGACUGCAGCCGCCUGAUGCCAAGAUGUUCUCGGAGAAGGCUGGCUACAAUGAGCUCAAUCAGAUGGCUGAAGAGGCGAAGAGGAGGGCGGAGAUUGCCAGGCUUAGGGAGCUCCAUACGCUCAAGGGGCAUGUAGAAUCGGUUGUGAAGCUCAAAGGCCUCGACAUUGAGACCAUCCAGCAGUCUUACACCGUGUGAUCCAGCCUGUCCAUAAAGAAAGAAAAAAGAGGAUUAUUUUUUUUCCAGAUUUUCCUGUUUCGCUUUAACUUGACUGCAAUUCUGCAAUCACCUACGUGUACUUGAACCGAAUUGCUGUAAUCUUUGUCCCUCCUGCUCCAGCUUUCUACUACAUGGUAGUGUUAUAUAAUUUUUGGUCACCUGAAAAUAUAUAAGUGUUUGAGGUGAAGCACAAUGGCAAUGCCAGAGUUUUUUUGCUCGGUUACUGAGAAGCAUGUUUUCAUAAUCAAUCGGUCAAUUGUAUGGACAUAUUAUAGAUGAA